AUGGCAACCGAGAGCGUUCAACGAUUCGACCCUAACAGGGAGUUCCCCAUCAUCACUCACGGGUUGCCUUACCCGGAAGCCUGCGCAAAGCACUUGGCCACGACACUCAACAAAGUGAAGCCGUUCCUGGUGAUAUCUGAGUCGCUCAGCAAAGCCACAGAUGUAGUCAAGAGGCUUAGAACGGCUCUUGACAGUGACAAUGUCAAGGUGGUAGGGACUCAUAUCGGUAUGCGGCCGCACACGUACUACUCCGAAGUCCUACAGGUCACGCAUGAGGUCAAGGAAUCGGGUGCAGACGCGAUAAUCACCGUAGGGGGUGGCAGUCUCAUUGAUGGAGCCAAGGCUGUGUCUCUUGCUUUAGCCAACGACGUCAGCGACGUUGAGACGAUGGAUCUCCUCUUCCGGACCAGCCUUGCACUCAGGUUCAACAAGCCAGUGCCUGAGGGGGCUCCAAAGACCGUCCACAAUUCAGUGAUUCCUGUAAUGUCCGUCACCACGACGCUCAGCGCCGGCGAAUUCAACCCGCCGGGUGGCGCAACCAACGAUGCCACCCAUCACAAGCAGCUUUUUCAGAAUCCUGGGAAGGUCGGGAUAUCUGUCAUUAUUAUCUCAAACCCCAAGCCGGAGGGGACCAAGCACUCGCUCCACGGCCUCAAGCUGCUCAUACCGGGCCUGCUGAGGACGAAGCAGGAGCCAGGCGACCUCGAGGCCCGGUUGCGGUGUCAACUGGGUGCAGCAGAGAGCAUGCGGGCAGCGAACCUCUAUGAUGUCAAAGUCGGCGGAUCACACGGCAUCGGACACCAACUUGGACCCGUGGGGGUCCCGCAUGCCGAAACGACUUGCAUAUGCCUUCCGGCUGUGCAGAAGUUCAACGCAAAGGUCAAUGCGCAGCAACAGGCGCUCGUGGUCGACGCGUUCUGGGAUGACCCGGAGACUGCGGCGGCGCUCACAAAGCACUCGCUUGUGAAGGGGCGGGCAGACCUGGGCGACGCCUUGGACGCGGUGAUCCGCGAGCUGGGCUUCCCGAGGACACUUGCAGAGUACGGGGUAGGGAGGGACAAGCUCGACGCCAUCGCGGAGAGCAGCCUCAAGGAUGUCUGCUCCCAGUUCAAUGUGAUCCCUCUUGAGAGAAAGGAGCAGGUCUUGGAAAUCUUGGAGAUGUGCCUGGGUGUUGAGUGA